AUGAGCAACUUCGACUACGACUUCGUGGUCAUCGGCGGCGGCAGCGGCGGCAUGGCGGCGGCCAAGGAAGCCGCGCGCCUCGGCGCCAAGGUCGCGCUCUUUGACUUUGUCAAGCCGACGGUCCAUGGCACCAAGUGGGGCCUCGGCGGCACGUGCGUCAACGUGGGCUGCGUGCCCAAGAAGAUCAUGCACUACAGCGGUAUCCUUGGCGCCGGCCUCCACGACGCCGCGCACCUCGGCUGGCAGGUGCCCGAGAAGGUCGAGCACAACUGGGAAACGCUCGUCGAGGCGGUCCAGGCGCACGUCAAGAAGCUCAACUUUUCGUACCGCGUCGGCCUGCGCUCCAACAAGGUCCAGUACAUCAACGCGCUCGCGCGCUUUGAGGACCCGCACACGCUCUCGUACCAGGUCAAGAACGGCCCGACGCAGACGCUGACGGCCGCACACAUCCUCAUCGCGACGGGCGGCCGCCCCACGGUCCCCAAGGACAUCCCGGGCGUCGCCGAGUACGCCAUCACGAGCGACGACCUCUUCUCGCUUUCCACGGCGCCCGGCAAGACGCUCGUUGUCGGCGGCUCGUACAUUGCGCUCGAGUGCGCCGGCUUCCUCAACGAACUGCACUACCCGACGACCGUCGCCGUGCGGUCGAUCCUCCUCCGCGGGUUUGAUCGCCAGGUGGCGGCCAAGAUCCAGGACAUCAUGGUUGCGCAGGGCAUGGACUUCCGCUUCAACACGCUUCCGACGUCGAUCGUCAAGGACGAAGCCACGGGCCAGCUCCACGUCUCGUUCGCCAACUCGGAAACCCACGAAACGUUCACCGAGGCCUUCGACACGGUGCUGUACGCGGUCGGGCGCACGGCCGAUACCUUCAACAUUGGUCUCGAGAAGGCCGGCGUCAAGGCGCUCCCGAACGGCAAGUUUGAGACGGUCAACGAAGCCACGAACGUGCCGCACAUCCACGCCGUCGGCGACGUGCUCCAGGGCAAGCCCGAGCUCACGCCCGUGGCCAUUCGCGCCGGCGAGCACCUCGUGCGCCGCCUCUUCAAGCCCAACUACACCAAGACGAUGAACUACGAUCUGAUUCCGACGACGGUGUUCACGCCGGUCGAGUACGGCACGAUCGGCCUGAGCGAGGAAGAGGCGAUUACGCGCUACGGCAAGGAUGACAUCGUCGUCUACCCGUGGGAGUUCCAGACGCUCGAGUGGGGCGCCGUCCACCGCAAGAAGGCCGAGUCGGCGCAGGAGGGCGACUACGACACGGAGUUUCCCGCCAACUGCCUCAGCAAGCUCGUGUGCCAAAAGAGCGCGAACGAGAAGGUGCUCGGCUUCCACUUUGUCGGACCGAACGCCGGCGAAGUGACGCAGGGCUUUGCCGUGGCGGUGACCAUGGGCGCGACCAAGGAGGACUUUGACAACGUCAUUGGCAUCCACCCGACCGACGCCGAGUCGUUCAUGGCGCUCACCGUCACGAAGGAGUCGGGCGCGAGCUGGGUCGCAACCGGCGGCUGCGGUGGCGGCGUCUGCGGCUAAAGCGCAUGCCGUCCAUGUAACAAGAAACGACCAAGUAAUCGACUAAUGCAUUUUUGAAAAUCACAA